CACAGCAGCCACGCACCCGCUGACACAGACUCUCAUUCUAUGAUCCUUAUCUUCCUGCACACGUUCACCUUCCUCCUGUGUCCUCUUUGUUAGCAUGGUGCGCCGGGCCCAGGCGUGGCACGCCUUGGUUCUGCUGGGGCUCCUGGAAACCACUCAGGCAUUACUCCUUGCCCGAACCUCUUUCGUCAUCGAUGGUCCGGGUAGAUCUCUCACCCAUUUCAACGAUCCUGAUGUCGAGAAUACCACCACACUGUUGCUAAGUGAUGACGGCACCACGCUGUAUGUGGGAGCACGAGAUUCUGUGCUCUCACUGGAUGUCAGCCAGCUAGGCGUCAUGGAGAUGAGAAGCAAGUUGGACUGGUCACCAUCAACACAGGACCUUGGCAAGUGUACCAUGAAGGGGAAAAGUGAGGUGGAUUGUCACAACUUUGUCCGGGUGCUGCAGUUCCUCAAUUCUACUCACCUGUAUGCAUGUGGGACCUUUGCCUUCAGUCCCAGCUGCAUCUACACAACCUUGUCCCUCACAGACAGGUCCAUCACAAGGCGAGGGCAAAGCCACUCUCCUUUUGACCCAUACCAGAGGAACACAGCCAUUGCCGUUGAUGGAGAGCUGUAUACAGGCACUGUAGCGAACUACUUGGGCACAAAUCCUGUCAUCUCACGCCAUCUGAGUAAGGGGAAUCGUGCAGACCUCAAAUCAGAAGACUUCAUGGGCUGGCUGGAAGAUCCCACUUUCGUCAGUUCCACCUUCAUCCCCCGUGAGGAAAAAGUCUACUUCUUCUUCAGCGAGGUGGGCCGAGAGUACGAAUUCAUCGACAAAUACACAGUCUCUCGCAUCGCCCAGGUCUGCACGAGUGACGUGGGAGGAGAACGUAUCCUGCAAAAACGCUGGACCUCCUUUGUGAAGGCACAGCUCCUCUGUCAGGCUGAGAGUGAGUUGCCAUUCAAUGUCAUCCAGGACAUAGUCACCCUCCCACCACCAGAGGGCGUUUCUUCGGAUGAAACUCUGUUCUAUGGUGUCUUCAGUUCACAGUGGACAAUGAAUUCUGGGCUGUCAGCAGUGUGUAUGUUUCGACUUGGGGACAUUAAGAAGGUGUUUGCAGGCAACUACAAAGUCCUUAACCGGGACACCCUAAGAUGGAGGACUCAGGGACGUGUUCAGGAGAAGCUUGCCACUCCAGGAAAGUGUGGAUUGCAUAAUGCCUCUGACACAACGCUGGGCUUUGUGAAGGAGAACUUUCUGGCGGAUCAAAGUGUGAAACCAGUGGGCCCUGGCCCAGUGAUGGUGUCCCCAGACCAGCAUUACAGCAGGAUCGUGGCCCAGAAGACGCAGGCUGCCAAUGGCAAGAGCUUCACUGUCCUCUUCCUGCUCACUGAGUCUGGGUUCCUUCACAAAACUGUGCUGUUGGACAAGGGUCCUCACAUCAUAGAGGAAAUCCAGGUCUUCAAGCAACCGCAGUCUGUUAAAAAUAUGCUCCUCUCCAUCACCAAGGGUGUGGUCUUCCUGGGUUCUUCUGAGGGCGUGUUCCAGGUACCGGUGUCCAACUGCUCAUUCUACUGGAGCUGUGCCGAGUGUGUGCUGGCCAGGGACCCCUUCUGUGCGUGGGACCCUGCUCGUUCAGCCUGCUCUGACGUGACCACCAUCCCAUCCGACGCAGCCCAGGAUGUGGAAGCUGGAAAUGUGGCAGAGACGUGUAAAGAUUUCCAAAGAGGAAGAUCUGGAAUUGCUCGCAUCAAGGCUCCUACAGAGAAACAGAUCAAUGUGCCGCUGUAUGCAGUGGUGAAUUUACAGUGUCCCAAGGCAUCCAGACUGGCAUCACUGUAUUGGGAGGGCCCAAAUGGCAGUCUGCACCAGAACACCUACCUACAGCCAGGUGACGGUAGCCUGCAUUUCCUGGCCACUCCCCUCACGCUGGGAACCUACCGCUGCGUUGCUGUGGAGAACGGCCAUGUGCAGACUCUGGAGAUCUCCUCUGUGAGGCAGACCGCCACCCCUCGAUCCAUCAGCCACAAACCUGCGCAGAUCCAUCCGACUACGGCAAAGGAGUGGAGUCCAGAGACAAGGAGGGAGGAAGUGGGAGAGAUUGAGGUGGUGCCAGAAAGGGAGUGGGAGGAGACAGAAACAGAUUGGGUGACGGAGACGGAGGAAAAAGUGCCAGAGAUCGAGGCUGUGACAGAGACUACAACAGUGACAGAUACGAAGGCAGAGACAGAGAGGGAGGGGGAGGAGACAGAGGUGAAGGGGGAGACGGACAGGGAGAGGGAAAAGACAGAAACAAACGGAAAGACAAAGGGGGAGACGACAGAAAUUAUGCCUCACCCAGACCCAACCGAGGAUAUAGUUUUCCCAAUCGAAGAGACCAUAUCCACCCAGAAAGAGACCGGGAUUUCCACUUCAGUCAACCACCACCAUGACCCUGUGAGUGAAUUCAGGAGUUACUACAGUGAACUGGUGGCAGUCUCUUUUUUGCUGGCAGUGUGCUUGUGCAUCCUGCUAGCUGGUGCACUCUAUAUGCGGCGCCAGAGGGGCUGCGUUAAAACAGCCCUACAGGACUGGUCCAGGAGAGACACUGAAGCAGCCAGCCCUCAGGAGCAAGAUCUUCUCUCCACAGACCAGACCACUUGCUGUGUGCUGAAACAGAGUGAGCAGGCGCUGAAUAAACCCUCUGCUGACAAUAUAACUCCAAUGGCAUCCAAUUAACACCUGCCCAGUAUCUGUCAUUAACCCACAGGUCCUGUCCUGUCUUAGAAAUGAUUUAAAAUGACAGCGUGGCUCCCAAUCUUAUGAAUCAAAUCAACAAAGAUUGUUGCAGUCAUGUACUAUCUGAUCAAUAUGUGUAUUACAACUAAAUGUGAUGCCAAUAACAUUGAUUUUUGCAGACUUAACCAAGCAGUCUUAAAUACACAGGCAGGAUUGCAAACAUAUUUUUCAAGAAACUGAUGUUGUGCUAUUGAUGUUGACUAUGGGCAAGCACAGCAGUAUAUACUGUA